UUAUCACGAGGCGAAGAAGAAACAAAACAAAAAAAAAUCGAGGGGUGAGAGGAGGGGGCAUCUUCUUCGUUAUCCUAAAAUUUCCUAAAAACCUAACCUUUGUCUUACCUCGAUCCUAUCUAUCACCAACACUGUCGCCAACACAAAAAGGUAGAAUGAAAGGCUUCAUAGACUGGGUUUUCGAUCUAUCCAACUCCUUGGCCUCAUCAUCUAGACCUCUUUUGGGGACUCCCCCUUUCUCCCGACACAAUGAAGCACACCAUACCCACUCUCAAGCCCCUGCUUUACCAGAACCAGUGUCGCGCUCAGAAGCACCAUGUUCAACCAGCGGCGACUUAGAAGCUCAGCCUCCCAUCUCUCACCAGAAUAUUCCACUAGAAAGCUUGUACCAGUCAAGUACUGAUCUUAACGACAAGAAACAUAAUCCACUAGCAAAGAUUGGUGACCUCCAAGUACAGUUCUUACGCCUUGUUCAGAGGUUUGGGCAGUCGCAGAACAACAUUCUAGUCUCCAAGGUUCUAUACCGAGUACACCUUGCGAUGCUGAUACGAGCCGAGGAAUCAGAACUCAAAACAGUCAAACUUAAGCAAGACAGGGCCAAAGCUCUAGCGAGGGAGCAAGAAUCAUCCGGCGUACCGGAACUAGAUUUCUCACUUCGAAUCCUAGUCUUGGGGAAAACAGGUGUGGGCAAGAGUGCAACCAUAAACUCUAUCUUCGGCCAGUCCAAAAGCGAAACCGAUGCUUUCCAACCCUCCACAGAUCGGAUAGAAGAGGUUACGGGAACCGUUAGUGGUGUUAAAGUAACGUUUAUCGAUACCCCUGGUCUUCACCAACCGUCACCUUCUAGCGCGAGAAAAAACCGAAAGACUCUGAUGUCUAUCAAGAGAUACGUUAAGAAGCGUCCACCUGAUGUAGUUCUCUACUUGGACCGACUUGACAUGAUCGACAUGAGAUACAGUGAUUCCCCUCUCCUGAGCCUUGUAACCGAUGUCUUGGGUGCAGCUAUAUGGUUAAACACGAUACUUGUAAUGACGCAUUCUUCAACUGCUUCUGAAGGACGUAACGGACAGUCUGUGAACUACGAGUCGUAUGUUGGCCAGCGCAUGGACGUCGUUCAGCACUAUAUACAUCAGGCCGUGUCUGAUACGAAGCUGGAGAACCCUGUGCUGUUAGUUGAGAACCAUCCAAGCUGCAGGAAGAAUCCUGCGGGUGAGUACGUUCUUCCAAACGGACAGGUGUGGAAGCCUCAGUUUAUGUUUCUGUGCGUUUGUACCAAAGUUCUCGGCGAUGUCCAGUCUCUGCUGAGGUUUCGUGACAGCAUUGGUUUAGGACAGCCGAGUAGUACACGCACAGCUUCCCUUCCUCAUCUUCUUUCGGUUUUUCUGCGGCGUCGGUUAUCAUCAGGUGGAGAUGAAGCAGAGAAGGAGAUAGACGAGCUUAUGGAUUCGGAGUUGGAGGAGGAGGAGGAUGAGUAUGACCAGCUGCCUGCGAUCCGGAUCCUUGGGAAGUCACGGUUUGAGAAGCUGUCAAAGUCUCAGAAGAAAGAGUAUCUCGAUGAGCUUGAUUACAGGGAAACUCUUUAUCUGAAGAAACAGUUGAAGGAAGAAUGUAGAAGGCGGCGGGAUGAAAAGCUUAAGGAAGAGGAGGAUCUCACCGAACAGAGUGAUCAAGCAGCUGUUCCGUUGCCGGACAUGGCUGGUCCAGACAGUUUUGACUUUGAUUUUCCUGCACACCGAUACCGAUGCAUUGCUACUAGUGACCAGUGGCUUGUGAGACCUGUCUAUGAUCCUCAGGGUUGGGAUCACGAUGUGGGCUUUGAUGGAAUAAACAUUGAGACAGCUGUGAAAAUAAAAAAGAAUCUAUUUGCUUCAGGUAACGGACAGGUGAGCAGAGAUAAGCAACGGUUCACCAUCCACUCCGAGACUAACGCAGCUUAUACUACUACCACGGACUCUAGAAUACAGACAUUCUCUGUAGCUGCCGACGUCCAAUCAUCAGGAGAUGAUCUUGUCUACUCGUUUCAAGGCGGCACGAAGGUUAAAACAUUUAAGCACAACACAACUGAUUUUGGACUUGGUUUGACGUCUUUUGGCGGGAAGUACUACUUAGCCGGAAAGGUUGAGGAUUCCUUGCUGGUCGGGAAGAGGGUGAAGUUAACAGUGAACGCAGGUCAGAUGAAGGGUUCAGGGGAAACAGCACAUGGUGGGAGCUUUGAAGCUUGUAUCAGAGGGAGAGAUUACCCGGUGAGAAACGAGCAGAUCGGUGUGACAGUGACGGCUCUGUCUUUCAAUAGAGAGCUAGUGUUGAACUGGGGGUUACAGACUCAGGUUAGACCAACUCGGGACACAAACUUGGACGUCAACGUAAACAUGAACAAUAGGAAAAUGGGGAAGAUAAACGUGAAACUCAACAGCUCUGAACACUGGGAGAUCGCGUUGAUCUCAGCGUUUACGCUUUUCAAGGCUUUAAUGCGGCGGAAGAAAGCUGUGAGUGAAAUAACAAACGACGAUGAAGAAGAGUUGUGAGUUUUUUUCAAUGUUCUCCUUGUUUCUCUUUAGGUAAAAAAAUGAUAUUUUGGACAUAUGAAUAGAUAAACCAAUGUGUACAAGAGAUGUAAGUGACGGUUUUGAAGACAGAACAGGAAUAUCACCACAUGCACAUCUGCUUA